AUGAUGUCCGUCCUUGCUCGACUUCGUGGGAAUUAUGCCUUUAUACUCGUAUUCACAACUGCGAUUUUACUGUUUAGCAACACCUUUACAGCGGAUUUUGUCUACGAUGACAGCCAAGCUAUCCUCACCAACCCAGUAGUCACCGGUCGAGUUGGAGCUGCUCGAGCAUGGACAUUGGAUUUUUGGGGUAAUCCACUUAUGAAGGCAUCGCACAAAAGUUAUCGUCCGCUCACCACGCUCAGCUUCCGGCUCAAUGCCGCCUUAUUUGGACUGAGACCAUUCUCCUUCCACCUUACAAAUGUGAUUCUUCAUGCAAUCGCUUCGUGCCUCGUAUUGCAAAUCGUCGAAGAACUCAACUUUUUCAACAAAAACAGAGAAGCAGCCAUAUUCGCGAGUCUGCUCUUCGCCGUACAUCCAAUACACUGUGAAGCUGUAGCUGGUGUCGUAGGCAGAGCCGAUAUUCUUAGCGCAAUCGCUGUCAUUACGGGAAUUCUCGUUUACAAGCAUAAUGAGAAUUUACUGAUAGCUGCCGCUUCUGCUGCAACUGCAAUAUUUUUCAAAGAGACAGGAAUUAUGCUGCUUCCAAUGCUAGCCUGUAUCACACUGCUCAAUUAUAAAAAGAAGCCUACAAGGCUUCGAAAAGUGAUAUUCGGUCUACUAUCUUCUUUCAUAAUCUUAGCAACGACUCGGCAUGCCAUCAAUGGAUUCGAAAAACCUAGCUUCUCCAAGUCGGACAACCCAGUUGCACAUCUUCCAUCGUUCCUUGUGCGUACGCUCACAUUUCUUUAUCUGCCUAUUUUCCAUUUGAAUCUCAUGAUUGAUCCACGAGAGUUGAGCUUCGAUUGGUCAAUGGAUUCCAUUCCGCUUGUGACAUCUGCCACAGAACCUCGCGCUCUUUUCACUACGGCCUUCUAUUUCACUUUACUGGCGAUCGCUUACAAGUUGGCCCGCAUAUGUGGUCUGCUAAACAUCAUUCGCGACUUAUUAUUUCCCACCGGAGCCAAAGCGAGAAUACUCAGAACAAACGCCAUAAUGAAGGGAAAUGAAGAGAGCGCUCGUAGUGUGCUUCUCGCCUUGUCGUUCCUGAUUUUACCCCAUCUCCCAUCAUCCAACUUAUUAUGUUACGUUGGCUUCGUCGCAGCAGAGAGGAUACUGUAUUUGCCUAGUGUAGGCUACUGCAUUUUGUUGGGAAUGCUGUACAAGUCUUGUUGCUCGAGACUAGGUAAAACACUUACAAUAUCGUUCGCUGUACUGGUGCUGACCAUGUUAGGAACGAGAACCUAUCAACGAAACCUCGACUGGAAAAAUGAAGAAAGCUUGUACAAAAGUGCGCUAACUGUAAAUCCACCCAAAGCGUACUCCAAUCUCGGGCGAGUCUAUGCUGCACAGUUGAGAUUUGAUGAAGCAGAAACUGCUUACAAAAAUGCCUUGAGACACCGACCAAAUAUGGCGGACACUUGGUAUAAUUUAGGUGUGCUUUAUCAAGAGAAGAAAAAUUACACUGUUGCGGUGAAGUGUUACGAAAGUGCCAUCCAAUUUCGGGGUACAUUUGCUUCUGCUUACCUCAAUCUCGGAAUUGUCCAGCACGAGCUGGGCAACGACAGCUCGGCUAUCACAAUUUGGAAGCGGUGUUCGCAGCUUGAUGGUUCCAUAAUUAAAGCACGUAGGGACCAUGAUCACGCGCAAACUAGCUGCAGACUUCGUCUUGGGAAACUCUAUGUGCUCCACAAGAGGUUCAAAGAGGCUCAAAUUAUAUUAGAGAAGGCAAUCGAAGAAGCUCCUUUGUCCUACCAAUUUCUCCCUUCUUUAUGGUUCACUUUAGGGGAGGUCUUUGACGCACAAGGGCAGUACUCCAAGGCUGAGAAAGCCUUCCAUGCCGCUUUGGACGUUGCGCCAGAGCAUAUCCCGUCACUACUAACCCUGGGUUACCUGAAAAAUAAGCAGAACCGCACCUUCGAAUCGCAAACAUAUUUUUCGCGAGCAUUGGCCAUUUCACCGAAUUCGGCGAAGGUCUAUCAUCAUAUCGGGACUGCAGCUGCUUUGCGUGGUGAUUUCGAAGAUGCUGAAUCUGCCUACACCAAUGCAUUGAAGCUUGAUUGUAAUCAUAUAGAGACGCUUCGAGCACUCGCUAUACUUCUGCGGGAACAGGGUAAACUCAGCAAAUGCGAAGAGGUAUUGCAAAAAUUGCAAAGUCACCAUCCAAGCCCUGACUCAUUCGGUGAUUAUGCAGCAAUACUUCACAUUAAUGGAAAACUUGGAAGAGCAAAGAAAUUCUAUGAGCGAUCGUUGCAAUUGAAUCCAAGAAAUAGCUUGGUCAAAGAGAAUCUCAGCAAACUGCGCAAGACAUUGAAUGCGAAUAAUACUCAGUAUCGUAGAGCUUAA